AUGUUUUCUCGGUCAAACUUAUUGAUAACAAAGCCAGUCGUUGGGAACGUAGCGACACCUCUUAGUACUGUGGUCCAACCUAUUUUGAAGCCGGAAGCGAAACGGAAAUCGAUUUUUAUUAACAAUGAGUGGCGCGAGUCAGUCAGUGGGAAAACGUUCGACACAAUUGAUCCAGCUACAGGAAGUGUAAUCUGUCAAGUUUCAGCAGGCGAUAAGGACGAUAUAGAUAAUGCAGUUAAAGCUGCACAUAAAGCUUUUGAAUUUGGUUCUGAAUGGCGACGUAUGAACGCUGCAACUCGUGGAGUACUACUUAAUAAUCUGGCUGAUCUUAUAGAACGAGACAGAGUUUAUUUAGCUUCUCUGGAAACACUGGACAACGGAAAACCAUUUAAGGACGCAUAUAACAUUGAUUUAGAUUUAGUGAUCAAAUGCUACAGAUAUUAUGCUGGUUGGGCAGACAAAUAUCACGGAAAGACUAUACCUAUCAAUGGAAAUUAUAUGUCCUUCACACGUCAUGAACCUGUUGGUGUUUGUGGACAGAUUAUACCUUGGAAUUUCCCACUUCUUAUGCAAGCAUGGAAACUGGGUCCAGCACUAGCAAUGGGUAAUACUGUCGUGUUAAAACCAGCUGAACAAACUCCAUUAUCUGCUAACUGGGUGGGUGAAUUAAUUAAAGAAGCAGGAUUCCCACCUGGAGUAGUGAAUAUUGUUCCAGGGUUCGGUGAAACUGCUGGCGCUGCAUUAGUUGCCCAUCCUGGCGUAGAUAAAAUUGCAUUCACCGGUUCAACUACCGUAGGACAGUUGAUCAGUCAGAAUGCUUUCAAAAAUGGUGUAAAACGAAUUACUCUAGAACUCGGUGGAAAGAGUCCGUUAAUUGUAUUUAGUGAUGCAGAUUUUGAUCGAGCUAUUGCCACUUCACAUUUUGGUUUGUUCUUCAAUCAAGGCCAAUGUUGUUGUGCAAGUUCACGUAUUUCCACGGAAGAGGCUAAAAAGCGUAUAGUUGGCAAUCCUUUCGAUUCGAAUACACAACAAGGUCCACAAGUUGAUGAAAAACAGUUUAAAACUAUUAUGUCAUACAUUAAUAGUGGUAAACAAGAAGGCGCUAAAUUAUGUACUGGUGGUCAGCGAUAUGGUUCAGAUGGUUAUUUUAUUCAUCCUACAGUUUUCUCUGAUGUUCGUGAUGAUAUGCGUAUUGCUCGUGAAGAAAUAUUUGGUCCUGUAAUGCAAAUUAUGAAAUUUCGUUCAAUUGAUGAAUUACUUCAAAGAGCUAAUCAAACACCUUAUGGUCUUGCAGCUGGUAUAUUUACCAAAGAUCUUGAUAAAGCUAUGCAUGUUAUGCAAGGUUUACGUGCUGGUACAGUUUGGAUUAAUUGUUAUAACGUCAUCGAUUCAGCUGCACCAUUCGGUGGCUACAAGUUUUCUGGAGUCGGUCGGGAAUUAGGUGAAUAUGGUUUGCAAAACUACACUGAAGUCAAAACUGUGACUAUUCGAAUGGAACAAAAGAAUUCAUAG